ACAGUUUUCUAUUUUUAUACAUUUAUUUGAAAUAUUUUUAUAUAAAUUUAUCUCUUUAUAUUUUUAAUUCUAAAUUCUUUUUUCUUCAUGAAAACAUUUUUUUAUUUUUAUUUGGUAAUUUAAUCCAAAUUAUUUUACACAUUCCAACAAAUGCAUUGUUCUCUAUUUCCUGGCACUUGCUUAUUUACCUUGACAAAUAUAUAUCUUCUUAUUUGUGAUAAGUUUUCUUUGAACAUUUGUGAAAUCUAUUAGUGUCAAGGAAAUCAAAUGAAGCCGAAUUAAUCAGAGUUACUCGUUAAACAAACUUAAUUCACACUUGUGUCUUUUUCUAUUUUCUUCGAAUGUACCGGUUAAGCCGCAGGGUAAAUCACCCUCUUUGAUGUCAAUUUUUGAGUAAAUUGCUUUUCACACUUUGUUUUACCAUUGUGACAAGAUUAACUCAGGUUCCGGACAGGGGACGCUAUCUCGCUUUGUCCGAUCACUUAUUCUUCGGACAUUCAGAAAUAAAGACGUAAACUUUAAUCGUCUCCUGUCCUAUUUUCAGGUAAUGUAACUUUUACAUAUCUUUUUGUAUCAUUGCAAUUGUUUAUUCAUUUUUAUGCAUUUUAUAACAAUGCAGUUGUACAUUCAUUUUUACGCAUUUUAGAACUUUGAUAUCUUUAUUGUUUAUGUGCAUGGACAUUUUACCAAAAUUGUAUUGACACUUUAUUGAGCUAAUCUAUAUUAAGUAACAUUAUAAUUUUAUAAAGAAUUUCUAUUUUUCAUAUCUAAAGUCUUAAUAACAUCUUUUAGACUGUUUUAUUUGAUUUCUAAAACUUAACUUGUUAAUUUAAGUCAAUCCGGAAAAAGCUCUCUUUUGCUAUAUUGGUUUUGGCUCUUAUAAGUUAAAAUCUUGAAAAAUGAAACAACACACUUUCGGCUUUGUCAACAAAUCGUUAAUCGAUGUCCGUUAUGCAAAAACUGGUCAUGUAAGUUACUUGUUUUAUGAUUUUACUUAUGUGUUUAACUUGUUGUUGUCAUAUUCAUGAUCUGCUAACACACUAGCGCAGAGUUUCUUAAAUGUUCAGAUCAGUACAUGUGCACAGUUCAAAUAGUUCAUGUAAACAAGUAGCAUUAUAGCAUGUUUAGCAUAUGUAGCAUUUUUCGUUUAGUUUAGAUCAUUUUAUUAUUGAUGGCAGUUCAAUCCUUUGUUUGUCUACUACAUACCCCCCCCCCCCUCUUUUUAACUGUUUACCGGAAGUUAAGUAACAUAUACCGGAAGUUCAAUUUAUGAUGUAAACAAAGCCAUGUGCUUGUGUUUUGAGUCAAUCAAUUUGAAUUAUCAUCUGUCCUUAACAAACCCUCACUUUGCAAAAUGAGUUUUUCUAUUAUUUGAGAUUAAUUUCCCCAUUUUGUUUUAAUUCUUGAAUAAUGUUGUAUAAGAUAUUUCAUUUAUUUUUCACUUCAACCCUGUAAUGUUUGUAAAUUUGUUGUUAGGUGUCAUUGCACUUGAAACUAUAGUGGGCCACCACACAGGCAAUUUGUUAUAGUGGUUGUAUAAUGCGUCUUAAGCAAUUGUUUUAUUAAUCUGUUAUCAAAUGUGUGAAAUUGUCUUAAAGGUGAACUAUGCACAUGUCAUAUCAUAUAUGCCACCUCACAUUUGUGAUUUUUAAAGUGUUAUUGCUGGCAUUAUUUUUGUGAUUGCGAAUGAUUAUAUCUUAACACUUAUUCUUCGGACAUUCAGAAAUAAAGACGUAAACUUUAAUCGUCUCCUGUCCUAUUUUCAGGUCAUUACAUCAGAAACAAAAAUAUCACCAAAAACUCGGUGAUAAAGUGGUGGAGUGAAUCCAACGAUCCCAACUACUAAGGACAGAUGAAAAAGAACAGACCAAUCAACUAUACUAUAAAGACCAGACAAACCGCAUCUGCAGAAGAGCAAACAUACCUGCAGGACACUGCACAGCAGCCCGAAGAUACGUCAAACCAAAGUGAGACGAUACCAGCUGACAUCAAUACAGAAACAACUGACACUAAUACAGAAACAACUGAUACCAAUACAGAAACAGCUGACAUCAAUACAGAAACAGCUGACACCAAUACAGAAACAGCUGACACCAAUACAGAAACAGCUGACCCCAAUACAGAAACAGCCGACACCAAUACCGAAACAGCCGACACCAAUACUGAAACAGCCAACACCAAUACGGAAACAGCUGACACCAAUACGGACACAGCCGGCACCAAUAUAGAAACUGCAGACACCAAUACAGAGGAAACUGACAACCCACCAAUAGGAACCAUUCAGUGUGACCCAGUGAUUAUGGCUACUGGAUUUAGCCUCCCAAAGUUCAAUGGUUCUGAAACCCCAGUGAUAUGGAUUUCUAAAAUAGACGCAUGGCAGAAGUUCAAUAAUUACAAUGACCAGAAAAUCUUAGACUUACUUCCUUGUGCCCUAGAAGGGAGUGCAAGCACAUGGUAUCAAACCAUGCCUCCAUGCAAUUCCCUUGCAACAUUUAAGCAGCAACUAACAGAAAGAUUUCAACCCAUAAUGUAUGGAAUGCCUCUCAUGGGAAUUCGGCAGGAUACAAGUGAAACACUAGACCAAUACCUAGAGAGAGCCGAACGCAUUGACAUGAUACAUGACAUUGCUGAACACUACAAAGUUCAAGCCACUGCAUCAGGUCUCCUACCUCCGUGGCGUGGAAAAGUUUUGGCCCGUGAACCAAAGACAUUUCAAGAACUGAGAAAUGCCGUUUCAAAGACUCAAGUGGAGUUAAGUGACACUCAGCCUCAAAGUGCUCCACAGACGUCCACCAGUGAAGCCAGCCUUGCCAACUUGUGUACCGUGUUAGCUACCCAGAUGACGGAACUAACCAAAAACAUUAAAGCCGAAAUCAGUGCUCUCCAUGUGGCCAGCCAACCAACACAACAACAACGCUGGAACAACCAACCUGGCAGACGCCCCCAGUACCAGCCACGCGGACAGACUGAUGACAGACCCAAUGAGCAACAGAGCUUCAGAUGCAAAGGUUGUGGUGAAAGCGGAACCAAACAUCUUUUCCUUCUAGUUCUUUUCUUGUGUCUCGGUGUCCCUGGUUUUGCCUCAAAUCCUGAACGAACCAUCCAGAGAAUCAAUUACGGCAUCAUAUUCGAACAAACAACCAACAUCUUCUUGGGACAAGAAAACUGGCUGCAUACCUUCCAAAUCCCAUUACCAAAGAAGAUUCAUCUUGUUGAACUACACUGCAACUCGCCACAAUGCAAAACAGCUGGCCAUAUCAUCAAAUCCAUCAACCUUCUUCGAAUGCAAUGCAUGGCUAGCGUCAAUACCACAGUUCACCAAAUUCAUCGUCUUGUACCAAGUACCAUUUUACCACCCAAGAAAACUUACUUUGGAUCCUCCAGAUCAAAGCGAGGACUUUUUGAUUUUGUGGGACAAAUUUCAAAAUCUCUCUUUGGUACUGCAACAUCGGACGAUAUCAACGCAUUAAAACGACAUAUGCAGACCCUAAACAAUAACAAUGUAAAACUAGCCCAAGCCAUGGCUCUACAAGAUAAACAUUUAUCCUCUUUUAUUACCGCAGUGGACAAACGCUUCAACAAUGUGAUGUCAGCCAUCCUGCAAAACCACCGAGAUGCUGUUGCCCUAAACAACCUUGUCCACCACUCAAUGGAUGCUCUAGAUCAUGAGUUUGUUAUUCUAAGCAACCUAAUUCUAAAACAAACCAAUGCCUCAGCACAAUUAGAAAAAGCACUGGAACACAUUAAACUAGGAAUUCAUGAUCUUGUGAAAGGAAAACUAUCCCCAUUCAUUUUAUCACCACAUACCAUACAAUCAUCCAUUGCCCAAGUGCAGAAUAUAAUUUCGGACAAAUUUCCACAAUUCCAUAUUUCCCAUAGAGAUCCAUUGUAUUAUUAUUCAUCUGGAGACUUCAUCUUUACCAGACUACAUUCCAACCUAUACCUGACCUUGAAGAUUCCCAUUUCACCAUUCCUUCGACCAGUUUCACUAUUCAAGGUCUAUUCAUUCCCAGUACCAGUAAAUUCAUCAUCGAACCAUGCUACUCAACUCAUGGACACCCCGGAAUAUUUUCUAAACACAGAUGAUAACCAACAUUAUGCGACAAUUUCAUCAAACCAGUUAUCCCAUUGCAAAGGAACCACCACACAGUCCUGUGACUUCAACAUCGCCCUGACUGCAUCUGCCUCACCCAGCUGCCUUUCUGCAAUAUUCUACAACCAAAAAAACGAUGUUGUCAACUUAUGUGACUUCCGAUAUGUUCUCAAUAUCCUAAAACCUUCCUUGUAUGAAAUAUCACCUUCACAUAUCCUGUUAUACCAAACAACCACGCUUGCCCUUGACUGCUCCAAUGGACAGAAGAUUAUCAAAGGCUGCUCAUUUUGUGUGAUGAAAAUUCCAUGCAGAUGUUCGGUGUCAUCCAACAACCUCUACCUCCCUCCAAGGCUUGGCAAAUGCAACAACAACACUGACAAAAUUUCAAUUCUUCACCCAAUCAACUUAGUAUUAUUACAACAAUUCUUCGACCAAAAUUCCCAUUCCGAUAUAUUUGGUGAUGCAAUAUUUGAGGAAUUUAUCCAAGUUAAACUUCCGAACUUUAUCAUAUUUAACCAUUCAUUCUCCCAAUAUGUUGCCAAUGACAAAAAUCAACAUCUAAGUCUCAAAAGAAUUGCCCAGGCUGUGAAACGGGAUGGAAAAGUCUUCAAAACAUUAACUGACUCCAUGAUAGCAGGACAAGUUGAAUUCGCUGUGGACAACUGGCCCGACACCAGUGGUAUCCUUGCCAUUAUAGCAACAUCUGUAGCAUCAUUUGGACUUAUAUUUGGCAUUUGGUCUUGUUAUAAAAUCAGAACGCUAUUGAUGCCACUGCUCCUUCUCCAUCAAACUCCUUCCACCUCUGCAUUAACACCAAAACCAAUCCGCUCAUUUAUAUACAACGAAGCACUUGACACUACUAAUCCAACUUCCAUUGAUGAGCACAUAUAUGCCUCAUUCACAACACCCUGGCCAUAUGUCUCCCUUUCAGUUCUAACAACCCUCCUAGUCAUUGCAUGCCUUGCUACCCUAUGGCGCAAAUUCCUUCGUACUUACAAAACAGCAAUUCACCUAGAAAUAACAUCAGGACCUGCAUGUGAACUUGUUAAUCUCAUCUCCUUACCAUUAUGUCCUAACAACUGGCACAUACAACCACCUCAAGAUGUGUCGUCUAUCAACAUCACCAGGUCUUACCUUUUCUUCUAUCAUGCAGAGAUUCAAUGCACCCCAAUUAACAUAACUAAUGUGCAUACUAAUCGCUCCAUUAAGGUCGAAACAAAGCAACUCAUCUCACCAUUCAAAGCUUGGCGCAUACAAAACAUCAUCCAGCACCCAUACACUGCUUAUUUUCUACUUUCACAUCAUCAAUAUUUCAAAAUUCUUGAUUGAUUAAAUUUUGUUCAUUUUUUUGCUGGACAUUUUCUCUACAUGACUUGCAGUUGUGAGCAUGAUUAUGAGUUUUUACCACAGUCCCAUUGUACAUAUGUAACUCAUACCCACAUUGAUUUUUCAUUUGCCUUGUACUUAUUUGAAAUGUAGUUUUCUUUUACUAGAGUUUUUGUCUUUUACCAUUGUCAUGUAUACUUAUAUCAGCAUUUUGUGUUUACUUUUUGCUACUUUCAUGUUCAGGGUACUCACUUCGUAUUUUUUUUUCUUUCAUCUGAAGUUUUUGUCAUGUAAAUACUACCUUUACUAUAUGCAUGUUUAUUUGAAGCGAUGAUUGCAACUUUUUUCUUUCACUGUAAUUCUCUAUGUCCUUAUUUUAUCUUUGAGGACAAAGAUUUUUCCAACCAGGAGGGAAUUAUCAUAGUGUCACAUUGACCCUCCAAACAGUUUUCUAUUUUUAUACAUUUAUUUGAAAUAUUUUUAUAUAAAUUUAUCUCUUUAUAUUUUUAAUUCUAAAUUCUUUUUUCUUCAUGAAAACAUUUUUUUAUUUUUAUUUGGUAAUUUAAUCCAAAUUAUUUUACACAUUCCAACAAAUGCAUUCUUCUCCAUUUCCUGGCACUUGCUUAUUUACCUUGACAAGUGUAUAUCUUCUUAUUUGCGAUAAGUUUUCUUUGAACAUUUGUGAAAUCUAUUAGUGUCAAGGAAAUCAAAUGAAGCCGAAUUAAUCAGAGUUACUCGUUAAACAAACUUAAUUCACACUUGUGUCUUUUUCUAUUUUCUUCGAAUGUACCGGUUAAGCCGCAGGGUAAAUCACCCUCUUUGAUGUCAAUUUUUGAGUAAAUUGCUUUUCACACUUUGUUUUACCAUUGUGACAAGAUUAACUCAGGUUCCGGACAGGGGACGCUAUCUCGCUUUGUCCGAUCACUUAUUCUUCGGACAUUCAGAAAUAAAGACGUAAACUUUAAUCGUCUCCUGUCCUAUUUUCAGGUAAUGUAACUUUUACAUAUCUUUUUGUAUCAUUGCAAUCGUUUAUUCAUUUUUAUGCAUUUUAUAACAAUGCAGUUGUACAUUCAUUUUUACGCAUUUUAGAAUUUUGAUAUUUUUAUUGUUUAUGUGCAUGGACAUUUUACCAAAAUUGUAUUGACACUUUAUUGAGCUAAUCUAUAUUAAGUAACAUUAUA